AUGUACAACUUGUAUCAGCCAUUUACACACGGACCGUCCCUCUAUCGACGAAGAAAUCCCAAUGCCGUUCGCGCUAUUGUCCUAGCCUUGUCGUGGACAUUCUUGCUGUUAUUUGUUUGGGUGAUCUUCGCGCCUGAAUCACCUUGGAGCUCUGCACUGCGCCGGAAAACAAACUCUAAUCUAAAGGAACUCCACCACGCCCGGAAGAACACCAACAUUGCUCGUUGUAAAUCUCUCAACAAUCUCCCUCCAACCGCUGACGCGCCAGUCCCUGGAAUCAAACCACCGCCGCGAUCGCGAUCGGAUAGGUAUGAGCCUUCGAAAGAUGAACAACUCAACAAGAGGAAGAAAUACAUCAAGCUGAAGAAUGGGAAGGUUUGGACGGGGAGGCUUAAUGGAACGGAGGUCAUCCAAGGGGACGUGGUAUUCGGUGAAGGCGUCAUCAAAUCAAUCACUGCAUACACGAAGCCUACUCCCGUUCACUCAGGAUAUACAACGCAUGUGGAGGGGGAUGAUAUCAAGGGGGGUGGGGAGUGGGUUGUGGUUCGUCUGGAGGAUGUUAGAGAAGACCAAGAAGAUGGUGAGUCGGUGGAAACGGAGGUGAUAGACGUCAAAGGCGCCUGGAUCACCCCUGGACUGGUGGAUUUGCACUCGCACAUUGGGGUUUCGAGCCUGCCUCAAUUGAGCGGGGCCUCAGACGGAAAUUCACAUAAUGGGCCUAUUUUACCGUUCCUCCGGAGCAUUGACGGGCUCAAUACACACGAUGAAUCGUAUGUCCUGGUCAUGGCAGGUGGUGUGACAACUGCACAAGUGUUGCCUGGCAGCGCCAAUAACAUCGGAGGUCAAUCCUUCGUUAUCAAGCUUCGCCCGACGAAUGAACGCUCAGUCAUAUCAAAGGUCGUUGAACCUCCUUAUACGCUUCUGAAUGGAUCGAGAUACGGAGACGGCGAUUGGGAUUUCCAGGCGAGGCCAAGAUGGAGACAUAUGAAACACGCGUGCGGAGAGAACCCCGAUCGUAGAUACGGAUUCACUCGUAUGGAUGCAGCGUGGGCGUAUAGAAACGCCUAUAAUGAGGCCAAGAAGAUCAAGGAUCAGCAAGAUGAAUUUUGCAGUCAGUUACUCAAUGGUGAUUUGCGCAGGGCGGAAGAAGAGUUUCCUGAAAGCCCAUUGGAGACGGAGGCGCUUGUGGAUGUCCUAAGGGGAAGGGUCAAGCUAUCCAUACACUGCUAUGAGGCGGUGGACUUGGACAUGAUUGUUCGGCUGUCGAACGAGUUCAAGUUUCCUAUCGCAUCUCUGCAUCACACUGGUGAAACAUACCUUGUGCCUGAACUCCUACGGCGGACAUGGGGAGGUGCACCUGCCACAGCCUUGUUCGCUGCAAAUGCAAGGAAGAAGCGGGAAGCGUAUAGGAACUCAGAAUUCGCGCCUAAGGUGCUAGCAGCCCACGAUAUACCUGUCGUCAUGAAGUCGGAUCACCCAGUGUUGAACAGCCGCUAUCUCCUCUAUGAAGCACAACAAGCACAUUUCUACGGGUUGAACUUCACAAAGGCGCUUGAAUCCGUCACUACAACCCCAGCGAAGGCUGCAGGUCUGGGGCAUAGGCUCGGUUAUAUAUCUGAAGGUUCGAGCGCUUUUAGUCCUCGAUACAUCGUCGUCUGGGAUUCUCAUCCAUUGACUCUAGGAGCGACGCCACAGCGUGUAUACAUCGAUGGGAUCCUCCAAAUUAACGAUUCUCGUCCUACCAUCAAACCAGAAGAGCUCCAGGUCCCUCCCAAAACACCUGACUUUGAAAAGGAAGCGAGGGAGGCAGUAGAGAGCGAGGGAUUGCCGCCUUUGGAAGCCUCCAUCAUUAUCAGGGGAAAGGUCGUUGUGUUGAAGAAUCUUUCAACUGGGUAUAUCCGAGACGGUGAUAGGGUGAAGAGAUGGUUCCCACCCCCGGAGAAUGCGCAAAAAGGCGAACAAACGAAGGUGUGGGAUGUGGUCGUACGUGACGGGAGUGUACUUUGUCAUGGUGUGUCUGGGUCGUGUACUGUCUCCCUACGAGGAGACGGAUUCAAUCCGGAAGACUUCGAGGAGAUAGACCUCGAAGGCGGGGUAAUUCUUCCUGGCCUAACGACGUUUGGUUCCUCCAUCGGAUUGACAGAAAUUGCGCAAGAGCCAACAACGAAUGACGGCAAUGCCGUUGAUCCAUUUUCGGCGACCCCGCCUUUGUUGGGCGGUCCACUGGAAACAAUCGUGCACGCCGAAGAUGGUCUGCAAUUUGGAGGGAGGAACACUCUGUUGGCGUAUCGAGGCGGGGUCACCCAAGCAAUUGUUGCCCCUGUUGGAUCUAGAUUCGUGUUCGGGUUCGCGACAGCGUUCUCAACGGCUGCUAGAAAUGCCCUUGAGCAAGGGGCAGUUAUUCAAAAUACGACUGCUCUACAUAUGAGCAUCACACACCAGACUGACAUCAGUGUAAGCACUCAGAUCGCGGCCCUAAGGCGGUCUCUCCUGGAAUCCGCCGGCGAACGACAAUCAGCGGAUUCCCUUGUCGUUAUCCAUGUGGAUAGCGCUGACAUCAUGGCCACCUUGAUCAAACUGAAGCGUGAAUACCAUGAGACCACUGGGCAAAAUGUACGAUUCACCUUCGCUGGUGGUACAGAAGCCCACCUCCUAGCCGACGACAUCGCCAAAGAGAAUAUCAGCGUCAUACUCACCCCAUCUAGGCCCUUUCCGGUUGAUUGGGAUAAGAGAAGAAUACUACCUGGCCCACCUCUCACUUCUGACACGCAGAUCUCAUAUCUCUUGAGACAGGGUAUCAACGUGGGUCUCGGGACUGUCGAUGACUUCGAUGCGCGCAACGCAAGAUUUGAUGCUGAAUGGGCUCGAGUCUCUUCAGGAGGAUAUAUCGACACUGCGAAAGCUAUUGAGUUGGUGGCGGUUAAUCUGGAGAGGGCGUUGGGUGUUAAAGAGCCCAACUCUGACAUGAUUGCACUUAAAGGAGGGUCAAUUGGCUUUGAAGGGAAAUUGUUCUCGGUUACGUCCAAACGCCGCGGAGUCGUAGAGAUAUUGUUAUAA